AUGUCAGUCCAUCCGUUGCCUCCAGCGCCUUUCGGGGGCGUUGUCCCUGUCGGCACGACACAGCAGGCCUCGGACGUCAUCAGCAGGGUUACAGAAGAGAACGGCGCGUCAAGCUCAUCUGCAGAGAAAGCAGAGAGCUCCGACAUCACAUGCGCCAGUUCGGAGAAACACAUCAAACACGUCAACAAUGACAUUGACCAGGAAAGUGAAAAGAAGAUAACUGCCCUCGCGCGGAACUUAUCCCGUCUAUCGCAAAAGAGCAGCGCCGUGGACGGCACCAACACCUUCCUCGACCCCUCAAGCGACCCCCAGCUCGAUCCAAACUCCGGCCGAUUCAACGCUCGCAAGUGGACGAAGAACUUCCUCUCAGUUGCCAACCGUGAUCCAGACCGCUACCCCCGCCGCACUGCCGGUGUCUCCUUUCGCAAUCUAAGUGCCUUUGGCUAUGGAACGGCCGCCGAUUACCAGAUGGAUGUUGCGAAUAUGUGGCUGAAGGGCUACGGCUGGAUUCGUCGGAAGCUGGGCUUCGGGAAUAGAGUCCGCAUUGACAUUUUGCGCGACUUUGAGGGUUUCGUUCGGAGUGGUGAGAUGUUGGUCGCGCUCGGGCGACCCGGCAGUGGCUGUUCUACGUUUCUGAAAACGAUCGCCGGCGAGACUCAUGGCCUUUGGCUUGACGAUGGAGCGGACAUACAAUACCAGGGGAUUUCGUGGGAUGAGAUGCACAGUCGGUUCCGGGGGGAGGUCAUCUAUCAGGCUGAAACCGAGAUACAUUUUCCCAAUCUGACUGCUGGCGAGACGCUUAUGUUUGCUGCCCGAGCGCGUACUCCAGCCAACCGUUUUCCUGGUGUAACGAGAGAUCAGUACGCUUGUCAUAUGCGCGAUGUCACCAUGGCGAUGUUGGGCCUGAGUCACACGAUGAACACGAUGAUCGGGAAUGAAUAUAUACGAGGCGUGUCCGGUGGAGAACGAAAGAGAGUCAGUAUUGCAGAGACGGCUCUUUGUGGUUGUCCGUUGCAGUGUUGGGAUAAUUCGACCAGAGGUCUCGACAGUUCAACUGCUCUGGAAUUUGUCCGAAACCUUCGCCUUUCCACGGAGUAUACCGGCUCCACGGCUAUUGUUGCUAUCUACCAGGCGAGUCAGGCGAUCUACGAUGUGUUUGACAAAGCGAUCGUCCUGUAUGAAGGCCGGCAAAUAUACUUUGGGAAUGCUCUCGAUGCCCGGCGCUUCUUCAUCGAGAUGGGAUUCGAAUGCCCUGACAGGCAGACUACCGCCGAUUUCCUGACGUCUCUGACUAGUCCCACUGAGCGUCUUGUGCGAGAGGGCUCUGAGCAUCUUGUUCCCCGAACACCCGAUGAGUUCGCAGAACGGUGGAAACAGAGCGCGGAGCGUCGGAAGUUACUUGAUGAAAUUGAGGCUUUCCAGAAUGAAUUUCCCGUCGGCGGCAGCAAGUACGAAGAGUUUAGUCGUUCUCGCGCAGCAGAAAAGGCUAAAAGCACCCGUGCCAGCUCGCCAUAUACCCUCUCCUACCCGAUGCAGAUCCGCCUAUGCCUGUAUAGAGGCUUCCUUCGUUUGAAGGGUGAUAUGAGCAUGACCCUUGCCACAACGAUUGGCAACAGUAUCUUGGCGCUGAUCAUCUCAAGCAUCUUCUACAACAUGAAUGGUACAACCGAGAAGUUCUUCGCCCGUGGGGCGCUUUUAUUCUUUGCCAUUCUGCUCAAUGCAUUUUCAAGCGCAUUGGAAAUCCUAACGCUCUGGCAACAGAGACCAAUUGUGGAGAAACACUUCAAGUACGCUUUGUAUCAUCCGUCCGCAGAAGCGAUCAGCUCGAUGAUUGUCGACUUGCCGGCUAAGAUUCUCGUUUCGAUUGUUUUCAACAUCAUCCUCUACUUCAUGACAAACCUUCGUCGAACCGCAGGUCACUUCUUCAUAUUCUACCUGUUUUCCUUCACGACGACACUCGUCAUGUCGAACGUCUUCCGCUGGACUGGUGCGAUCUCUCGGUCCAUGGAGCAGGCAAUGGUUCCCUCGUCAAUCGUUAUGCUGAUUCUCGUCAUUUACACUGGGUUCACAAUUCCUGUGCGCAAUAUGCACCCCUGGUUUAGAUGGCUCAACUAUCUCAAUCCCAUUGGUUACGCGUUUGAGUCACUUAUGGUCAACGAAUUCAGUCACCGGAGAUUCGAGUGUGCCUUAUACGUUCCUAGUGGGGAUGAAUAUAACGAUGUCCCUCCCCAAUCGAGGAUUUGCUCUGGUAAUGGAGCUGUAGCCGGGGAAAACUUCAUCGAUGGUGACAAAUACUUGAAUACCCAAUUCGAGUAUUAUUACUCCCAUCUCUGGAGGAACUACGGCAUUUUAUUAGGCUUCAUGUUCUUCUUUUUGGCGGCCUAUAUUAUCUCCAGUGAGUUCGUUCGCGCGAAGCCUUCCAAGGGAGAGAUUCUUGUCUUCCCAAGAGGCAAAAUUCCGGCUUUCGCGAAGCAAGUUCGACGGGAUGAAGAGGAAGCCCCUACAACGGACAAGCCGAAGCUUGAAGGUGAGAAGGGUGAUGCUCAUGUCGGAGCUAUCAAGAAGCAAACUGCUAUUUUCCAUUGGCAGGACGUGUGCUACGAUAUCAAAAUCAAAGGUGAGAAUCGGCGUAUCCUUGACCAUAUCGAUGGCUGGGUACGGCCAAAAACCUUGACGGCAUUAAUGGGCGUUACUGGAGCUGGCAAGACUUCGUUACUAGAUGUCCUAGCUGACCGCGUUACUAUGGGCGUCAUUACUGGGGACAUGUUGGUAGACGGACGCUUGCGGGAUGACUCGUUCCAACGCAAGACAGGUUAUGUCCAACAGCAAGACCUGCACCUCGAGACCAGCACUGUUCGUGAGGCGCUGAUCUUUAGUGCGAUGCUUCGCCAGCCGGCCAGCACCUCGCGAAAGGAAAAGUUGGCUUAUGUGGAAGAGGUCAUUAAGAUGCUUUGUAUGGAGGAGUACGCAGAAGCCGUUGUUGGUAUCUUGGGUGAGGGCUUGAACGUGGAACAGAGAAAGCGCCUUACUAUUGGAGUGGAACUUGCAGCCAAACCAGAUCUUCUUCUCUUUUUUGAUGAGCCAACAUCGGGCCUAGACAGUCAAACAGCGUGGUCUAUUUGCUCCUUGAUGAGGAAGCUAGCAGACCAUGGUCAGGCGAUCUUGUGUACAAUUCACCAACCGUCCGCAAUCCUGAUGCAGCAGUUUGACCGGCUUCUAUUCUUGGCGAAGGGUGGAAAAACAAUAUACUUUGGAGAGCUUGGAGAGAACAUGGGGACUUUGAUUGAAUACUUCGAGAAGAAGGGCUCCGCUCCUUGUCCCAAGACUGCCAAUCCCGCCGAAUGGAUGUUGGAGAUCAUCGGUGCGGCUCCAGGGUCUCAUGCCGACAGGGACUGGUCUGAAGUUUGGAACCAUAGCCCUGAACGCGAUCAGGUACGUCAGGAAUUGGCACAGAUGAAGGCAGAGCUUUCGCAGAAGCCAGCACCUCCGAGGACGCCUGAGUAUGAAGAGUUUGCAAUGCCCCUCUGGUCGCAGUUUCUCAUCUGCCUCCAACGAGUGUUUCAGCAAUACUGGCGUAGUCCGUCCUACAUCUACUCCAAGGCCGCCAUGUGUGUCAUUCCGCCCUUUUUCAUCGGAUUCACGUUCUGGAGAGAACCACUCAGUUUACAAGGCAUGCAAAACCAAAUGUUCGCUAUCUUUAUGCUACUCGUUAUCUUUCCCAACUUGGUCCAACAGAUGAUGCCGUACUUUACGAGGCAACGCGCUCUGUAUGAAGUACGGGAGCGGCCGUCCAAAGCGUACUCGUGGAAAGCCUUCAUGAUGGCCAGCAUUAUCGUGGAGCUUCCUUGGAAUAUUCUGAUGGCUGUCCCGGCGUACUUCUGCUGGUACUAUCCCAUCGGACUUUACCGCAACGCAGGGCCUGGCGAGACGGUCGAGCGAGGCGGCACAAUGUUCCUCUUGAUUUUGAUCUUCAUGUUGUUCACAUCAACCUUCAGCUCCAUGAUCAUUGCUGGAAUCGAGCAUCCAGAUACGGGUAGUAACAUCGCUCAGCUGUUGUUCACGCUAUGUCUCAUUUUCAACGGUGUACUUGCAUCACCGGACGCCAUGCCUAGGUUCUGGAUUUUUAUGUACAGAUGCUCCCCGUUUACCUACCUCGUAGGGAACGUAUUGUCGACCGGCCUAUCUGGUGCCGAGGUGAAUUGCUCAGACAUCGAGAUCCUCAAAUUCCCGCCACCCGACGGACAAAACUGCACCUCGUAUCUCGGCCCCUACGCCGAUACAACGGGAGCGAAGAUCCUCAGCCCGGCUGCCAAUGGCGACUGCCGGCUCUGCGCGAUUUCCUCAACGGACCAGUUUUUGGCUGCGCUCAAUAUCUACCCCGACGACGUCUGGCGCAACGUCGGGAUCCUGUUCAUCUACAUCGUCUUUAAUGCAUUCGCCGCUGUCUUCUUGUAUUGGUUGAUUCGCGUGCCGAAGAAGAAGUCGCAGCAAGUGGAGAAGAAGUGA